AUGAAGCAGCCGACCCAAUCCUCCAUAAAAUCCUUCUUCCAACCCCGACAACAACCCUCAUACGCACCACCUCCCGCAUCAUCCAAGUUCACCCCAGCGCCGGGUUCUACAACACCAUCACCGCCAACAGCACCAACAGCUGCUGCUGCCCCUCCCCCCGCCUUCGAACCCCCCACCACGACAUCGACAUCCUCACAACCACCUUCCGCCGCCUCCUCCUCACCCCUCCACCCAAACGCCUCGAUCCGCCCCGUAGGAGAACAAGACGUCCAACCCCUCCGUCGCAUAAACUCCCUCCUCCUCCCCGUCGCCUUCCCGGAAGCCUUCUACGCGGCCGCCCUCGCCGGGCCCCUAAGCCGCGUCAUAACCUGGUCCGACAACACCACCACCCAAGUAAUAGGCGGCGUCGUCUCCCGCAUCGAGCCCUCGCCCUUCCCCCCGAACCCGACCUCCACCGCGCCGGAACACGCCCUCUACAUCCAGACCCUCGCCCUCCUCUCGCCCUACCGCUCCCACGGCCUCGCCGCCGCCGCCAUCGACAACCUCAUCGCCGCCGCCUCCUCCGUCCCGGGCGUCAACCUCCGCCACGUCUACGCGCACGUCUGGACAGAUAACGAAGAGGGUAUCCGGUGGUACACGGCCCGCGGUUUCGAAAAGUACGGCGACGAGCUCAAGGGGUACUACAUCAAGCUCCGCCCCGACUCGGCCUUCAUCGUCCGCCGCGCAAUCGGCCCCCUGUCACUCUCCUCCGGUCACCAGUCUUCUUCGUCCGGCAUGACCACCCCGCCGAUCCCGGGCCCGACGGCCGCCGUCGCGAACCUGCCCCCGAUGAAUACCAGCGCCGGCGCGAACGGAACAAACGCGCUCUCCCGAACACCCUCGGGACAGUCGUUCCAGAACCGCAGGGCCGAUACGGAGUGGAACGAUCUACCGGCCGACAUGGCACCGCCCAUGCUCGCGCCGCCGCGGAGCAACGGCGGAUCCGGGGCCAGCUCGCGGAGCAGCUCGACGGUGAGGAAGAAGAAGGAUCGCUCGUACCCGGCAGCUGCUUUCCAGGGCUGA